AUGGACCAACGGCCAGCACCAGAUUUCACCAUAUCACGGAAAAAUUCUACCUCGACAGGAGCUGCAAAAAGACCAAAACUAACAAAAACAAGUUCAACGCCUGUUAAUGCAACAGGUAGAGGUGGUGGAAAACGUGGUGGUAGUAUUGGUGCGGCUUCAAAAUCUACAAGAGGCAGUGGACGUGGAGGAACCACUAGAGGCACAACACGAGGCAGAAGGGGAAGCGCCGGUGUCGGUGGAGGGCGUAAAUUGAGUAUACAACGUCAACAAUUAACCUCCUCACAAAGAACUCAGCAAGACAACUUUGAUGGAGCGAUUUCAUCUGUUACAACGCCUGCACCAAGUACAACACCUUCUACGCCUCGUGACGCUUAUUUUUCUGUACCUCCAACACCCGGCUCAGAACUUGAUCAAUAUACGUUUGAAAAUGAUCUUGCAGAAGCUGUUGUAGCUGGUUUUGCCAAAGUUUUCGUGGGUGAAAUUAUCGAGAAAGCUCUUGAUGUUAGACAAGAAUGGGGAGAAACCGGUUCUCUAUCACCAGAACAUUUACGUGAAGCAUAUCGAAGAUACAAAAAAGAUACAAAGUUGACAACACAUAAUUAUCAGAAGAGAUUAUUUAAUAAAUAA